AUGGCUCAGAGACAAGCCACCGGGUUGGCAUCCGAGUGCCCGAUCUGCUGGAGCCCCUUCGACAAUGCCUUCCGGACACCCAAGCUCCUCUGCUGCCAACACACCUUCUGCAUCGAGUGCCUGGCCCACCUGAGCCUGGUGGCGUCGGACCCACACUGCCUGCAAUGCCCACUAUGUCGCCACCCCACCCAGCUGUCGCUCGACCAAGCGGUCACCGCGCUGCCCACCGACGGAGCCGUCUUGCGUUGGCUUCGGCUGGAGCCCAACCAGAUUGUCUUAGAAGGCAGGCAGCUGUACCUGAAGGACCAACGCAAGAGCCGGUAUUUCCUCCGCCAGCCAAGGGUUUACACCUUGGACCUGGGCACGGAAUCCUCGGACGCCGAAAGAGCCCAAACGGUGACCCCGAGCCUUCCUGAGCAUCGGACAUUACGGGCGUGUGCCCGCAACCCACAGCUUCGCCUUUUCUCCUACUUGAUGGUCCUCAUCUUGAUCGUCGUCACACUUUUUAUUUUCUUUAUCUACUGGAACAACCAUUUCUUCACCGGUUCAGGGUGA